UAUUAUUAUUGUGUACUUGUGUACGAGAGAUAUUAUUGCUUCAGUACUACACUGGAAUCUCAGCCAUGAAGUCGUGCUCGUAAUUUACAUUUAAUUUGUAUUACUUAUAUUUCACACGUUAUCACCUGACGUGGGUUUGUAUAUUGAUAGUACGUGAUAAGCAGUUACGAUAGAUAAGCAAAAACGGGCAUCGGUGUGUUUGUUGAUAAAAUUGGCGGUGUAAAAGGACCAUGAGAUUGUGUUCGUGUUUUUUUCUGCGGAAAGCUUUUGUGUUGGAUAGUAGAAAAAGUAAUUAAGUGAAGAGUUUCGUGUUAAAACGUAAUAUACGUAUGAGUGAUGCGUCUGCGGCGCGGUGCAAGUGUUGCGUUAGGACUAUUUUCGUAGCACAGAAAUAAGAGCGGCAAAAGGAGCAAAAAGUUGAGAUCGUCUGAAAAACUUUAGGACGAGUGUCGAAUGUAUUUCUGUCUGUUGUAAACCGAUGUCUACAACACUUGUGCUUGGAAUUGGUGUAAUGCUGUAAGAAGUAUUCACUGAAAAUGAAGAAGAGGACCAUCUCUAAACUCAAGUCUAUAUUCGGCUCCAAGAAAGGCAAGCGACAACAAGAACAACCUUUAAAGUCUUCACGUUCGCCUUCGCCUGAGCCGGUGGGGGCGGCAUCCCCGGUUCCAGGCAAUGAUGAUUCGUUCCGGCCCAUCUUGAGGACUCCGCCACCAAGCCGGGCAGGGCCGCCACCUUCGCCACCAGUGCCUACACACCCCAUAGCUCCAGUUGCCCCUGAACCUGCAGCUCCUCUUCCCCUUCUGCCAUGCGCAGUUUGUGGAAGAACCUUCGUGCCACAAUCUUUGGCAAAACACGUGAAAAUAUGUGAAAAGAUGACAGUGAAGAAAAGGAAAACAUUUGAUUCUUCCAGACAGAGACGUGAAGGGCUGAUCGCGGCGAACGGUGCUAAUUCCGGUACAGACUUGGAGCAAUACUUGCCAAAGAACUUCGGUCUUCCAGAAAACAGUCCGUUCUUAGAGAAAAGUCCGCCGAACACAGCUAAGCCGACGCCAAAACCCAAACCACAGUCCGUCAGGAACGCUAUAACGAAGCCAAUGGCUGAACUACAAAGAUGUCCGCACUGCAGCCGUGCAUUCGGCGUACGCGCAUUCGAGCGUCACGUGGAGUGGUGCGCGGAUAAAGCGAAGAUAUUGCCGGCAGCGCCCGCGCAGCCACCGCAACACAUCGCCGACGCCAAACAACGGCUCAAUGCGCGCACGCAGUACAAAGCACCACCCGUACGCGGACGACGGUCAUCACAAACACGCGAUAAGUCUUCAAACAGCCGGUCAGCGUCUGUGGACUCAUCACGAGGGGUGUCUCCCCCUCAGCCUCGAGAAUAUGGCGACUACAGACAAGGACGCGCCAGAGCCUCAGAAUCUGUCUCCAGCAAUGACUGUCACGAUGAUCCUUCUCCUCACAUGCCAGUGAUUAGAAACUCUAGGAAUUCACAAAACAGUUCGUCAGGCGACGCCAACGUCAAAGCAAGACAAGCCAGGCUCGCUAGGGACCUUAGCAGCUCUAGGCUUGACGACAAUUACGAUCCAUUCGUAUCAGCUGCUAGGCAAAUGAAAGAACUCAUGUCCUCAGACACAAACAUUCCCAAAAAAAUACAAACUUCCAAAGACCACAGCAGAACCCUUCCUGCCCUCCAACCCGCUAAAGACAAAGGCUCGUCCUCCUAUCUACGAUCUGAUAACAGCAAAAUGAUAAAAGACACACUUAACAAAACAUAUCAGAAAACUCCCACACUUCAGAGAAUGAAGUCAUUCGGUAGCACAAACAAUGAAAACAGUACCAACACGUUCGGUGGUCGUUGCAGCUCAUUUAGACUUAAUAGAAAUGACAAAAAGCCUAGUCCAAAAUUAAAUACAACCUUUACUAAAUCCAGUAAAGAAAACAUAAGUACAGUCGAAAAGAAUUACUUCAAUCGAAAUAGUAGUUUGAAUAGGUCCUUUUCCAGUUACACCGCUUCAAGUUACAGUACUCCUAAGCCUAAAGACAAAAUCCCUAAAAUUGCUACUUCCAUGUAUCAUAGCUUCCAACGCACGACUAUAAAACAACCUGUUAAAUUAGAUAAAAUAAAGAGAGAUAACGAGACGAAAGACUUUGUCAAUCUCGAUGCCAUCCUCGCUGACGACAAUUCGUCAAUGACUGACAGUAAUUACAUUGAUCCAAGGCUCAUCAAUGAAAAUGACAAUCUGCCCAUCAAUGUUAAUACCAUAUUAAAUAACCCUGAUAUCAUUAGUAGCAUGGAAUCUCUUCUCACUACAGAAAACUUGCCUAAAAGAUUCGAAUCAUUUAGUACUGUCAACAUAAACAAUAACAAAAACUUCAAUAAUAAUAUUACUGAUCUGUGUAACAAAACAAUGAAAGAUGAACCGAAUAAUAACGUUAGUAAAACCCCUGCCCCCACUCUGAUGAUCUAAGCAUUCAGUAUGAUAAAAUUAUGUAUUCAUUAGAGCAAAGUAUAGCUUCUAAGACCUCUACUAGAGAUGACGAUUCUCUAUGCGAGGACUUUGACCUUGAAGAAUUCAUGACUUCAUUCGAUGAAGAAAUACUUAAGCAGAAAUUAGAGAACAAACGCACAUGUAGUUCCACCACUAGGGUAGUUAAACAGUCCGAGCUUGCUGAUAGCAACAGGACAUCAGAAUUAAAUAGUGUUAGUUCAUCGCCCAAAGUAGUGAAUGGUAUGAACCCAGUUAAUAAGUCAAUGUCUCUAACUUUUAGCAGUAACAAUAUAGGAAGCGAGAGCCUUUUCCCAUCCUCUGUGAAACGUUCCACUUCCCUCCUCGAUUCCAUCCAAAAGAAGAAUACGCUCAAGAUAGACAGUGGGAAAAGCCGCCAUAAAUCCGAUCAACUGGAACAAGACCUCAUGCAGUCUCUUAAAGAUUUUGACAAAUUCUACGAAAAUGAGAAGAACGAAAACCAGUCUAGUAAAGAGAUGCCAAGUUACAAUGGAACUGCGAAAAGGAUACUCGCAUAAAAACUGAACGGAAAAUCAAGAAACUUGAAAACCAUACCAAUGGAAACCACACGCCGAAUGGCAAGCAGAGUAAUGAUUCAGCUUAUAGCAGUUUAAACAGGAUAUCCCCGUCGAAACUUUCACUAUGUACUUCCAAGGAACCCAACGGAUUGACAUCUUUAGAACAAAUCCCAGCGGGUUCGGACUCUAGCGGCAGUCACAAGGAGGACGUGAGGUCAAUUUCUAGUGACGAGUUCCUCGCGAUGGAGCGGUCGGCAGAGCUAGACGAACCUCUUCCACCUCCAGACCUUUUAUUUAAGGAACAAGACAAUCAUAUCGACAAGCGCGUAAGUUCUCGUGCGUCGUCGCGGCAGAGUCCGACGUGGCGCCCGCGUGCCUCGCUCAGCUCGAGCGGCUCGGAAGCAUCCUGGCGAGGCGGCGCGACCAAGCACCUGCGCAAUGCCGCCGACCCUCGCGGUUUUGUCACGAGUGUGGCAACAAGUUCCCCGUCGACACCGCCAAGUUCUGCAUCGAAUGUGGCGUCAAGAGACUCGUCGUCUAACGUCACGGGGAACACUAUGUGAGCGACUUCUAGUCUUAUAAGUAGUGCCGGUUUAUGUAGGCGUACUGGUGAUAGAUAUUGAGUGCCGCGGUGGACGGUGCAGCUGAUGCGCCCGGAGCGACAACAGCUACUCGGAAGGGCGCAUGCUAACAUAUUUCACAGCCAGCAUGUGAUGUUGACGACAUACCAGUAAAAGUAUUGAUAUCAUGAAACUAUACGUAUCACGAAUGGAAUUGUUCUUUUUGUGUGUACAGUUGUCGCGUGAUUCUUUUUUAGGAUACCAAACAAGCAAUGUGUUCUGUAAUUAUUUGCGUGGUUUAAUACAUUUUAUAUAUGAGUUUAUUGUUGAUGACCAAAUGAUGUAACAUUUUGGUACCUAAAUGUUGUAUCAUUGUGAGGAAAUGAAAAAUACAUUCAUGUAUUUACAUAUAACAUUGUUUAAUACUGAAACUGUUAGUUAAUCGGAUGAUUAUUACUACCUUAGAUUUACCUCAAACUGGAAGUAUAUUUUUAUACUUACUAAAAUUUUGGUAUGUAUUUUGCACAAAUAAACAAUCUUGGACCACUACUUAGAUGUAAAGUGAGAACUUUUCUUAUAGUAAUGUGUAGCUAUCUAUAAAUUAAUAACAUAAUAUUAUUUACAAAACGUUACCAAAUUGCUAUAAUUUAUGAACUAAUUUGUGCCUUCACAAUUAACUAGAUGAUAGUGUCGUGUAUUCUGUUGGUCUCUGUUAUUUUGUUUGCGAAGUUUUAAUUUCUGUUGCAAUUUAUGUCAAACGAAAACUGGCCAAGGUAGCCUUGGAAUUUGUAAGAUCUGUGAUACAAUUCAUUUUUGGUAGAACAAAAAUUUCAUUAUAGAAGUUUGGAUGAAGUCAAAAAUAACUUUUAAGUGCCAAUUUCUUUAUGUAAUUUGGGUUUUUAAUGGAAUUUUGUGUACAUUAUUAAUUUUUUAUUUGCUAUUGUGAGCGAAUAUCAUUUUUAUUUUUUUUAAAUAAUAUGGAUUAAAUGAUUACCCUUCCAAGGAUUUCCAUUAACGUCUCUUGUCCACAACAUAGUUGGCCAUUUUAACAAGACUGAUUUUAUUUUCAAAGUUUUCGAACUUGAUUAAUCCUUAGUUACUGUUGUAUAUUGUUUUUAAUAAAAUAACGAUUUUAUCAUGUAAUAAAUUAACAUUUUAAUGAUAUUCUAUUGUUUCUUCAUG